AUGGGGACAGAGAGAGGACUUGUGUGGGCUCUGCUGCUGCUGCUCCACACCGCUCAAGAUGCUGAAGGGGACUGUGAUGCCAGGAAGAACAACACGUGCUACGGAGCUCUGGGAGGAACCAUAGAAAUCCAGCUGAUGGCGAGUGGUGCAAAGACAAAUGACAAAUGCAGAUCUGUUUUUAAUAAUACCAGUGGAAUCCUUAAUAUAACAAACGUAACCAGAGAGGAUAAUGGUUCAUACACUCUGGAGUUAUUUGAUAAUGGAAAAUUAACCAGUCACAGUCAACUCAACCUACUUAUUGAAGCUCCUGUGACCGACGUGCUCCUGAAGCAGGAGUGUUUGUCCAAAGGAGUAAAGAAAGCGACCUGCUCCAGUCGAGAAGGGGACCGUCCCGAGUUCAGCUGGACUCUAAAUGGACUCAAUCUCAGCAACAAUACAAAUGUCAUCACGCUGAAACAAAUCGAAGAAGGAACCCUGCGCUGCUCUGUCAAAAACCACAUCAGUGAAGAGAGUAAGGAGAUAACUAUUGGGAGUUGUGGAUACAUACAUAUUAACUGCACAGUAAAUGGCACACAGAUUCUUGAUUGGGUUCAUGAGGCCAAUAACACCCUCUGCAUUGAACAAACCACAACCCCAUCCAUCAGUUCUGAUGGUAAGAUCUCAUUCACCAGUCAAAGUGUACUACAGACUAGUCCCACAUUUGCUCCCGCUGGCUGUGGGCACUUUUCUAAAAAUUGGCCAAUUUUGGUUGGUGUGAUGGUGGCUAUUUUGAUCUGUGGUGUUGUUGCAGUAACUUGUGUCCUGAAGAAGUGCAAGAAAAAGAGAGAUGAGGAAGACAAUCAGGAACUGACCUAUGCUGAUGUCAGGAUACUGAGGCAGCCGGGUCGGGAACCACAGCCAAAGUCUGAGGAGGAAGUUGAAUACGGCCAAGUGAAGUUUUCCAACCAAAGUCCACAUGCGUCUGUAGCUGAAGAUAAUGUCUGUAUUUACUCCAAAGUCUGUAGGUGA